AUAGCGAAGAAACCCUCCUCGAUGCUCGAUACCUUGUUCUUCUCUUUGGUAGUACGGGGCUCGGUUCCAAGGGAUGGGUUUAUAGUUCAAUGUCUACAAAUGUGAUUCAGGGUGGAUGACCUCGAUUCUUGCGACCUAGUUGCUUGUUUGGCGUCUUCAAUUUGUAGCUGUAUUGUUUCAAUCAUUUGGAUUUUGCUUUGUCAUUGGGGUAAUAUAUGUUUUCCGGGUUUCUGCUGAUUGUCUGUUGGACGCCAACGAUACGCUUGAGUAUAGCAAUGUAUCGGUGAUUGUAUUCAUUUAAUUUUGAGCUGAUCUUGUGUUUUCUAGUUACUUAGGGUUCCUCCAGUACGACUUAGUGCUCCAACCUUUAUGUUGGGGGGCAGCCUUUAGUUGCUAGAAUGAUGCUGAUUUUGCAAGCCUGUGAUGCUUGUCGACUGCUGGUGGUGGCUGAUGCUUGAUUGUUUGCAAGGGCGUCUAUGCUUAUUAUGAGAAAAAGGAAAUUUGGAGAGUUAUUGAAGCAAGACUAUGGAUUAGCAAAGGCAAGACUCCAUUGGUAUGAACACUCCAGCAUGCAUUGCAUGUUGGGAAGUCAUGUGUCCUGUGCAUUUUGUUCGUAACUGCAAUGGAAUAUAUAGUGUUAGGACAACUUAGAAGUACUGGUGAUUUGUCAUAAUUUUGAUUAUAGAUUAACUCAGAAAAGACUAUCUAAGGAAUAGGUUAUUGACUUUUAUAUAAGAUCGUUCCACUUAGUGUAAUGCAUCAGUAUUUCGGGAGAGGAUACAGAGCUACUGGUAUUAAUCAACGAGAAGAUGUGGACUUAUCAAGCAACCCCAGGACCAAGUUGAAUUCUGCUUUCUUCGGGAGAUUUAAAGCAUCGGGGCAACAAAAGAUUACGUAAAUAAAGAAUAUACAUUUGCUGAUUGGAGACUGACGUCAUGGUAGCCCCACUUGUAAUUUUUUUGCCAGGGGUGGAUCCUAAAAAUGAAAGACUAAGGGUGAUGGUGUAGAAGGCUACGGUGGUGCAAUUGAUAGGAAUAGUUGGUGGCAGAAGGGUCUGCCUGGCUGGCUGUAGAGAGAAAAGGAAAGGCAGACAGGAAAAAGGAGAAGAAACAUAUAGAAGGAGAAAGAAGGAGAGACGUCUGGGUGGAUUCUAGUCAUGGAUAGAAGGUAUGUUAGUCCUCCAAGAAAAGGAUGAAGGAUACCCUUCCAAGGGAAGUCAAAGAAAUAAACAUCAAUGUUGAAUGUGCAAUGGCUCAUCUGUGAAAAGCUGCAACGCUCUUUCCCGUUUUAUUGCUGCUGAAGUCUUGUUUAAGAAUUGGUGGAUAUUAUUGUUUUAGCCCAUGGAUAAACAUCUUAGAUCUCCUGAAAGAGCCCCAGUGGACGGGGAAACCAUGGAUGAUGCUGAUGCUGAUGGAAUAGAUAGAAUAAGUAAUUUACCAAAUGAAAUCCUUUGUCACAUCCUAUCAUUCCUCCCCACAAAAUAUGCCGUUGCUACCAGCAUUCUCUCCACCAAAUGGAAAAACCUUUUCCCUUUAAUCCCUAACCUCAGACUCCGGUUAGACGACAGUCUACUCUUACACCCAGAAUCAACUCCUGAAACCUACCUGGUCAGCUUUAUGAAUUUUGUAGAUAGGUUGCUCAAUGUCACUUUGCAUGACGUGCCUUCUAUAUACGCCUUCUGUUUGAUUUGCCAAAAGUUUGAUGAUGGCGGAGAAAUUGCUAAUUGGGUUCAAGCUGCACUACGUCUUAAUGUCAACAGAAUGGAUCUCCGAAUCCGUGGACUUAGGAACUCUAACUUUUUGUUUGACAGUCUCUUCGGGUGCAACAUAGUCUCCCUCAAUCUGUUACUUGAUUUUGCUGAUGAUGCUCCUGAAUGCAGGUUUAGUCUUCCCAAUCUUAAGAUGCUCUCUGUGCAGUACAUGAAAUUUAAUGCAGUUAAUGUCCUUCUAGAAUGUUGUCCUGUACUUGAAUAUUUAGUGGUUUAUAAUUGUUAUUGCAACCCUGGAGAAAUGCUUCGGAUCUGCAUUCCAUCACUGAUGGCCUUAAAAUUAGUUAAUGGCGUGAACUGUCUUGAGGGUGAACUUGAGCUUGAUGCUCCAAACCUUGAAUAUUUCAAUUAUGGUGGCUUCUUGGCCACGCGUUUUUUGGCAAAAACACUGAAGUGCCUUCGGAUAGCUCGCUUGGAUCUUGACGAAAAUGUCAGUCAAUAUCCAUAUGAGUCAGAUGAACAAGCAGCCAAGCUUAUAAAAGUUUGCUCUGAUGCUGAGAAGUUGUGGUUGUCAGAAAAUGUCGUCAUAAUGCUGCACCAUUGCCCUCAUCCACUGCCUAGGUUCCGAAAACUGGUUGCUUUGGCAAUAAAAAUAAUGGAGCCUCAUGGGUGGGAACUGCUUCCAAGCUUGCUUAACUGUGCGCCCAAUCUCAAGAAAUUGUAUCUGAAAGCAGGAUUUGAUGUUGAACAGUAUGAAAUUUUCAAGGCUUCCCUGGACAAAUCAUUCUCCAUUUGUUUGUCCCAACGCAGUGAAACAUGCUUUCUUUUGGAGAUCCAGAGGGAAGUUGAAAAUUAAGUUCAUCUUUAUGUAUGCACCACUGAAGUUGAGACUUUUUAUUAUUUGAAGGAGCAGGUAAAGAUUUUCAGGAAACUUUUCUUGUAAAUGUGCACUUAAGGCACAUAAGGUUAUCGUAUAAGUCAUACAGUUGACAAAACAUUCAGUCUUUUUAGAUGAUUAUGUUACAUACAUUCGAUCUCCUUUUGCGGUUUAGUUUGGCAUGUGGGUGUAUAUGACUCAAUUACGUUCUUCAGGACUUAGAAGUUGCAAACUUUUAUGCAUAUUAACCAUUUACUU